AGCUUACGCCUGUAUAAAUCUAGCCCGUUGGUUAUCCAUAAACAGUAGUAAUGGGCAGGACUUGACAGGAUUAGAAUAAAGAUAUGUAUUAUUGGUUAAUUAUAUGUAGCUUAUCUCCUUGGAAUUUAAAUUAAUAUAUCCCUUUAGUAAGGAAAUAAUAGGAUAAGCAAUAAGAAAAUAAUUUAAUUACUGUUAAAAAGACAAUGAAAGAUGUUUAUUGUUUGAUCUGCUGUUAUUUCAUUUGGUUAUUUCAUAUAUAUCUUAUUAAUUUACUUCUUUUUCACUUAUUUUUUUAUUCGUUUUAUUAUGGAUAAGAUGGAUUCAUUACCGCCAUUUCUGUUUAGUAAGAGACCAAUAAAACAGUGUCCGAGUAGUUCGCAUAGUGCCAUUUCGGAUAUAAUUCCCAAUAAUUCCAAGUCUACAUCCCUAACCAACGGGCUCUCCACCACUGGCAAUAAUAUAGGGAAAAAGAAUUUCUCUCAUAAUGUUGACUAUGAUGAACAAAUCAGAGCACCAAGGAUGUCACAAAUCAGUUUGACUAGUUAUGAUAAGAGAAAUAGUUAUGAUAAAAGAAGUAGUCUUGGUAAGGAUAGUUUAAAUUCUACUGAGACCACCGCAACUAGUAUUAGUAAUUCACCAAAAGAAGAUAAAGUUUAUUUACCGGCCAAAUUUGAUUUAUCCCAGCCAACCCGCAGAUUUAGUACUUGUUCUAAAAACAGUGUUAGUGAUGAUAUAUUAAGUUAUACCACUGAUAAUUAUAUUUAUGAACGAAAUAAGGUUAUUGAACCAAGGGCUUCAGAAGUAGGGUCAGAAGUUGCUCAAACCCAACAAGAAUUAUUAAAAGCAUUAGAGAAUUUAAAUAAUAACGUUACUAGUCAAGAACGAGAAGGAAAUCGAAUUAAAAAUCGAAUUCAACCUAAUCAAAGACACUAUAUUGAUUUAAAUGGAUCUAAUUUAAAACAAGUUUAUGAAUUGAAAAAACCUUUAAUUAUUCCUGCGGUUUUAAGACCCACCAUUUCAAAUGACGAUUGCUUAACUCCUUCUCCUUCUUCAAAUGAAGAUUUGGAUUCCCCCACUGGUAUGAAGAUUAAAGCAUUCCCCCUUCCCAGAAUCGGUAGUUCUUUGGAAACGUCUACAAUCACCACCAGUUCUUGCGAGCUAAUCGAACCCACUCACCAACAUUGGAAACCUAAUUCAUUCACCAAUCAUUGCAUGAAAUGUUUGGGUACUUUCAAUAAUUUUUUCCAUCCUCAGAGGAAAAGAAGACACCAUUGUAGGUUCUGUGGUUAUAUUUUCUGUAAUGAUUGUUUAUAUAAAUCGGUGCUUGAUCCUCCUUCUGAUCAAGAUGAUGAUUAUAUUAGUGGGGUUAUGAUGGAUUCAAUGGCUAGAUUGGUUAUACCAAUUUUUAAAUUGAUUAAAAAUGAAGAAUAUAAUCGAUUCAAAUUUUGUAAAAUUUGUAAAGAUUGUGGUGGUAAUUAUUCCCUUCUUCUAAAUCAUUUAAAUGCUUUAAAUGAAAUAUCUUCCAUCUACUUUAUUGAAAAUCCAUACUUGAAAAAAUUUUUGCAACAACAACAAGAAGAACAACAACUGCAACUGCAAAAACAACAAAAACAACUUUCUCCAAAACCAGACAUAGACAGAAGACACUCUUCUAUUGGACAGGUUCCCAAUGACUGGACUUGGAGCUCCUUUUAAUUCUUCGGUGUAUACUUUAAUAGACUUUAUCCUAUCUAGUUUGUAGAGAUAUUGAGUGGUGCACGGCUUUCGUGCCAGACAAAUUUUAUAUGGGAUCAAUAGAAAAACAAUAACAAAAACAAAGCCUAUUUUUCGACUAAUACUUUUUUGACUGGCG